AUGCUUUUUUUUGGAGAUGCCGAGCACGCGACCACGACUUCUUACGGCAACGUGCGAUGGUCUCAGGAGCUGUUUGGAAUCCCUGCUCAGAAUACCUGGGUGUAUUUCAGAGUGACAGACUUCUAUCUCCUCCGCCGCACGGAGUCUGGCCAAGGGUUGUUGUCUUGGAAUCUGAUGAUGAUCGACUGGGCAGACCUCUUUCGGCAGGUGGGACGCCCUGUACUGCCUCCGGCGGCCUUGCCUGAAGGUUUAGUACUUACAGCAGCUGCCAAUGAUGGAGUUCCCGCUCCGCUUUCCGUCAUGGUGGUUGGCCGGAAUAGCACGGAAGCAAAACUCGCUGCUGAAGCCGCCCUGGACGAGUGGGUUAACAGCGAGAGGAGCGGGAAGUGGAUCCACGACGACCUGACCUUUUAUGGCCCUGGUGGCAUUGGCCGCGCUACAAGCCGAGUGAUAAAGCCAUUUCGAGAAGCCUUUGCUGAUCGCAGCGUGGAGAAGGACAUGUUGUUCUGUGAGGGCAACUACUGCGCAGCUUGUGGGAAGCUCUGGGGCAAGCAUGUAGGAACCUGGGUCGGUCAGACUGCCAGUGAGAAGCAUCUCUUCCUCCGCUUUGGCAUGCAUUGGCGAAUGGAGAACGGCAAGGUUCGAGAGGGCUGGGCAGUUUUUGAUUUCCCCGGCCUGUUGAAGCAGCUGGGCAAGGACUUCUUCGAGAUUGCUCGGCGCCCCAAUCAGAUCCCGUCUUUGACUGCAGCCUGA